AUGUUCGCCGCAGCGAUCGAAAACUUACGCUCCGCUCUCGAUGAAAAUCCAUGGGCCUGUGAGCUGGCCGGGAUUCUUCCCUUGUCGGCCUUGCUCGACUUUGUCGACAUGCCGAGCAAGCUUCACAUCUUCCAGCUCAUGGGCGCCGUUCCGCUCUGGAGCUGGCCCGUCACCCCGUCCGGGAGCGGCCUCCUGCUGUCCACGCGCCCGGGGACCGAUACACAUGCUUAUCUGGACCGCUUCGGGAACACGCUGGCCUUGACGGGGCUGGAUGGACGCUACGGUGAUAAAUACUUCAUCAGCAACCCGGGAACGCUCCGUCUGUGUCUUGACUCUCUACCAGUCCAAGCUAUCAAGAAUCUCCAUGGCAACAUGAAGAAGAAACAUCUACGAGUUCAAAAUCUAGAUAUCGUUCGCGUCUGCCGCGUGGCAACCUCCCGAGGUCAACGUCUGCCGUCCGACUGCUGGCUUCGCCGCCUCUUCUACGACCCGUGGUGGAUGUUCAGCACCUGGCACCUGGCAGUCUCGGCGGUUGGAUGGGUCGCUUGGGGUGGGAUAGUUGCUAUGAGUUGGAUCUUGGAGUGCGAGCUCUCUUUCGCCUUCGCGCUUCUCAUACCGGUUACCGGCGGCGUCGUCUUCAUGCUCUUCGGGAGUAAGUCGCAGCACCUGCUGGUCUCCAAUCACAGCUCGUACAACCGACUCGUCCUGGUCACCGAGCACACCAACGCGAUGUCCUGGACCGCUUUCUACGGAGAGAGUACUCUGGUGAACUCUCUGCUGAACCGACCACUGGAACCCGUCGGGCCUGAUGUCACUUCUGCGACCACGUUUCGAGCCAUACGUAUGGCGCUUCGGGUCUGUAUCAUGGGUCAGUGGGCGCUCGUGGUAGGUGCGGCAGCAACCCAGCAAUUCGAUGCCUACGUCAUCGCCUUUUGGAUCAUCUUCUGCAUCUGGACGCACGCGUUUCUGAUCCCACCCUCGACCGUGGCAGGCGAGUGGCUGAAAUCUUGCGCCUGCCUCGAGCUUCAUCGAUACCGAGUCAAGGUCAGUUCGAGGCGGACCCUGCUCAACACGGUCAUGGCUCUCAAUCCGGAUACGUUUCCCGAAUCCGAGAACAGCCACGGCCAGCUAUGUUUCUACGACACCGCACUGAAGUGGAUCGAUCCGAUUCUGGCCCCCGGGCCGAGCCGCCUGGAGUGGGAGAACGCCACGAGAGAGGCCAUGGCUGCUACCGCUCGUUGUACUUCAGACGAAUUGACAUCCACGGCCUGGGGGCAUACUUCUGGGGAUAUGGUGGAUCGGGACUGGGAUAAAAGAUACCCCCCCGAUAACGAACAUUAUUGGAGGGACUGUAUCUGGGAGGGCAUUUAUGUGGCUGAAUGUGUCAAAAAGGGGGCAGGGAUAGGCGGGCGCAAGGUUGCUGCAGUAUACAAUUAA